AAGGCUGAAUCGGUGGCAAUCAGCUGAUUUUCGCGGUAUUUGAAGCUAAUGGAAAUGUAAACACACUUUUAAAGAGCACUUUAACAAUUUAAAUAUAUUGCAUAUACUCUUAUUUCAAUAAUAAAAUUUAAAAAAAAUCGCAAUAUGUCUGAAGACGCCAGUACAUCUUCGUUUGGUUUUAAAAAACGGAAUAUCAGGAAACCAACAACCUUACGUCGUAAACAAAGCGGAUCGGAAUCAGAGAAGAGCAGUGAUGAUCAAACUAACUCAGUGAUUGUGCGUAGUGAUAAUUCGCGUAAGCGGUCAAAUCCCAAUUUUCAAAGCACCAAACGAUUGAUGACCAAGAGAGAACGUACAGCUGAAGCCUCCUCUGAUAGUGAGACUGAAGAGGAUGAUAACAAAAUAAGUGUUUCUUAUAAGUCAAAAAGAAGUGCCUUGCCGAGUGGACCACAAGAUCAGGGUGCUACUUCCAUAAAUGAAACAGAUACAGCACAGGAUCGUGAUGCACAAGCCUUGCAUGAAAAAAUGUUAAAAAUUAAUCAAGAACUCGAAGGCAAAGCAGAUGAUAAAGUAUAUCGCGGCCUUAAUAACUAUGCACAAUACUAUAAAAAGGAAGGCACUGCACAAGGAAAUGCCAGUUCGGGUAUGGUGAGAAAGGGGCCAAUACGUGCACCAGCUCAUUUGCGUGCCACUGUGCGAUGGGAUUAUCAACCUGAUAUUUGUAAAGAUUACAAAGAAACCGGCUACUGCGGUUUCGGUGAUAGCUGUAAAUUCUUGCAUGACCGAAGUGACAAUAAAGCUGGAUGGCAAUUGGAACUUGAUCAUGCUGCUCAACAACGUGGCGAUGCAGAAUCCGACGAGGACGACGCGAAAUACGAAAUUCACUCUGACGAAGAGUCGUUGCCUUUUAAAUGCUUCAUUUGCAGAAAUAGUUUCGAAAAUCCUGUGGUAACAAAAUGUAAACAUUAUUUCUGCGAGAAAUGCGCUCUAGAAAAUUAUAAAAAGUCACAGAGAUGCAAAAUUUGUUCCCAACAGACGAAUGGCAUCUUUAAUCCUGCCAAGGAAUUAAUAGCGCGCUUAAAGAACGAACCCGAAGGCGGCCAAUGCGUUUCAUCUGACAGUGAAUAACCUUAAGGACACAUGUGUUACAUACAUACAUAUAUAUCUAUUGUGUAGUUUUUAGUAGAUAAAGUUGCGAUUGGAAAUAAUGUGCUCUGUAGCAAAAGUUAUUGUUAAAAGUUUUAUAUGCAAUGACAAAAAUAUUAAUAACAUUUCACAAGUUUUAUAAGACAAAUCA